GCACCAGUGAACUGGAAUGGCGGCUGAAGGCCAUGACAGACGUUUCACGUUAUUUUCUACAGAAGUUAUCUCAGGCGGAGAAAAAGUCUCAUGCGAGUGGCAGUGUUUCAACCGGCAGUGUUCCAGCCGGCAAUGUCGCACCUAGUAACAAGGGGAAGGGCAAAGAGGCAGUGAAAAUGACUCCAACCAAGAGGAAGGGCAAAGCGGCACUGAAAAUGACUCCAAGCAAGCGCAAAAAGAAUGACGACGACGAGGAAUAUGACCCCUGCUCGAGUCUGAUCAGUUCUGAUGGGAAAACAAUCGAAAGGGAUGACAAGGAGAUAGCUAAGGUGGUAUGAAUUGGUAACACCUGCCGUUGCUGUCACUAUUGCUAUUGCUAUUGGUAGAAAUAGCAAGAGCAAUAGAAGGUAUGGCAAGAGCAAUAGACAGCGACGGCAGGAGCAAUAGACAGC